ACUUCGGAAAUUGAAUUUUUUUGUUUGUUUAUUUUUGACAGCUAAGGAUAUCUAUUUUUAAAGCACAAUAUUCAAAAUUAAAUUCAAAUUUUUGGCGGGCUUGAUUGAUUUUGCAACACAUUUUCUAAGUGUGGCAUAACGAUGCAAUGUUUUGGUAAACAAACAUGGAAUGUGUUUUGGACGAGGAGUUACUGGCCAAUAUUAAAUGCAGCGACCAGGAAGAUGCGGAUGAGGAGGAAAAGAUGCAGGUGGAAGGGGAAAUUCCUCCACCAGAACCCAUCACAGAUAGAUCUUUUAAUGGUGAAGACUCCGAUCCGCUGCAGGAAACUGUGACAGCCAUCAAUUUUCCUUGGGUGUUUGAGGAAAGUGACGUUCUGAUGACCGAUGACCAACUAGCCGUGGAGGCGAUUAAGAAAGAGGGUUCUUCCCGUCCUCCCGUCGCUAAGAGGGGACGUGGUCGCCCUGCCGUCGCAGCUGGAACCUACACAUCCCAAAAUGGUCAAAUCUGGACUUUAAAUAGAGACUGCGAGGAGACAAUGGAAGAGUUGCCGAUUUUGGGUCAACAAGCCUGUGGAAAGGGUCCGGCUCGCACAAUAUCCAACGCAGUGGAAGCAUGGAUGCUUCUUUUUGACGACGAAAUGCUUAAAUCCCUUUUGCGCCACGCCAAUGAUCAGAUGCGUAAGCGGCGCAAUCCGCAAAAUACCUGCCGCCCUAUGGACAUAAUCGAGUUGCGCGCCUUCCUGGGGCUGAGCUACCUCUGCGGAGUAUUUCGCAAUGCCGAGUAUACCGGACCUCUCGAUGAGCUCUGGACUUUAGAACUGGGCAACGCCAUUUUUCGUGCAUCCAUGACCUUGGCCCGGUUUGAGAGCAUUUCAGAGUGUCUGGCUGGCAAUUCCGGCAUGGCUGAAGCCCAGAAAAUGUGGCAACGUCUCCUUAUUAACAGCAGAUCAUAUUAUGGCUGCAGCAGCUGGUUAACAGUUGACGAGGUUCGUUGCUCCGUGGAGAACAUGCGAUUGACCGUUUGUUGUGAUGCCAGGACUCUCUACAUGGCCAAUGCGGUGGUCAACAAACAGCAGAAGCCGCCAGUCAAGGAUAUCGAACAGCUCAUAUGCGACUUUAAGACCACGGGAAGAAAUGUAACAAUGGGAACUCGUCAUUUGAACCCGGAACAAUCAGAGCUAAUGGUGCAGCGACAGCUCAGCUCGCUGGGCAUGUUGAACGAUUCCUCAAUCGACUGGCCACGCCAGUGGCCAAACGAAAGUCCACUAUAUUGUGGCCAAUCCAAGCUCAUACCGUUUGACACGGAAGCGGUAUUCGCUUGCGGUCUCAGCUCCCAAGUGGAUACACUCCAGGCCUAUCACAGCACCUCCCAGGCUUGCCAGCAAUUUCACGACUUGUGUCAGCGAUACAGCACAGCCCAUGCCACUCCGUCGUCCCUCAAAAAUCAGAGCAAUCCCUUCCUACAAUUGUUGCACCUGGUGCUCAACAAGGCGGCCGUGAAUGCUUGGAUUCUUUUAAGACUUGCGCCUAAAGGAGAUGUGACCAUGGAACAGCGAGACUUCCAACGGCAGCUGGGACUCUUUCUAACGCAACAGCGUCUGCAGCGUCGCCUUCAACGAAAAUCGACUACAUCGCUGGUAAUGAGGUUGCAGAUUUGCGAGAUUCUGGGCCAACCGAACGAGCGCCUGCUCUUCGAAGCUGCUGGGGAGGCGAAGAGGUCGCGCAGCGUGGGUGUCCUGGACCCAGAUAAAAUGAAUCUUCCACCGGGCGUAAGCCUGGCUAGUCGUCACGGCGACAAGCACCGCCGCUGCAAGCCAUGUUCCCAAACCAAGCGCGACACGAAGUCACGGACGAGGUGCCAACAGUGUCUUUCCCAUCGUUGUGGCAAGCACCUGAUCUCCCGCUGCUUCGAGUGCGUGGGUAUACUGCCAGAACAAAUUCCCGAGGACACUUGAACACUGGCAUUAAAUAACUUUUAUUGAAGUGA